AUGUAUAUGCUGCACAAGCCAUUAGUCUUUUUUGACAAAAUAUAUUUAUACACACCAAAUGGGCAUCAAGACAAGAUUCAAGAUCUGAAAAGUGUUAUGGACCGCAUGUCUGAAAAAGUUGGUAAUGAUGUUAUGGAAAUAAAAGGACAAGAUGAUAUCGUGGACACAAGUGAUUAUGAAGAUAUUAUCAUCCCUCCACCACUUGAGUUCAGAGAUGGGUACAAACCGACCCCAAUGCCAACGACAAAAACGAUGAUGAUGCCAGUUCCAAUGCCAAGAACAAAAAUAGAGGAGGAAAGUAACGCUCUCAAAGAAAAUAUCCAU